AUGUAUUUCUCUAAAGCCCUAGUCGUCCUCGCUUCUCAUCUCGCGCUGUCUUCCGCAACAGGAUGCGGCACCGCUGAUGCCUGCGUCGGAACAGAUAUCUGUACGACAGUCACAUUCACGAGUCCCACUUCCACGACGGUGACUACUUGCGUGCCCACACCUACAUGUCUAGGUGUUUACGCAAACUGCUAUUUACCUGACAACACUGUUGGUAAUUGCUGCUCGGGCUACUGUGCUGCGAGUAAGUGUAGGUCAACGGAUGAGAAGUGGCCCAGUUGCCAGGAGGACAAUGGGCCUUGUCUUUCGGAUGAGAAUUGUUGUUAUUCGUAUCGGAAUAAGUGUGUGAAUGGGAUUUGUACUCGGCCGCAG